AAACGCCUCUACGAAUCUACGAUUCGGCUUCGCUUCUUCUCUCUGCACCAAACCCUAAAAAUUCCCCCUUUACAAGAAAAUUUAAAUUAUAUUUUGUUGUCUCAAUUUUUUACUCUACAGAUCCUUCAACUUUUCUUUAAUUUCCCUUUUCUCCCUUUUCACAGUCGAAAAACCCUAGCUAACGUUCGAAUUCGAUUCCUGUUUUGUGCUGUAAAUCGGAGCUGUCUUCGAGUCGACCGGGUAGGGUUUUGUACUCGGGUUCCAGAUCGAUGGUUCUCGGAACCCUAGCUUUGUUUUGCGCUCUGUGUGGUAAAGGUUCGAUCUUUAGGGAAAGCUAGGGUUAUUGGGGUCCGGUUUCAUGUAUGGAUUCGGGUAGAAAUGAGCUGAAUUCAAGUGAAAGGAUACGGUGGGGAGAUGCUAGCAGAGUCUAUACCAGAAAGGGCAAAAGGAAGGCCGUUUUUAUCACCGCCGACGAUGACGGAGCAACAAACGCGGCCACUACCACCACCACCACGGCGGUACCCCAGGUCGGUAACUCCAACGAAGAUAGUCAGAAGCAGGGGAGUGCUGAUGUUCCAGAACCGAUUAGGCAAACCCUAGAAUCCGAGGAAGCGAAACUACCAGAGCAACAAGAACACCCCGAGGCUCCGCGUCAGGAGCAGGAGGUUUCAGAAUCGCACAAUUCUUUGACUCGGAAUUCUACUCGGGAUGGAGGCGACGGUGAUGAGCACGCGGUUGUGCCCAAUGGUGGAAUUGGGCCAGUGGUGGAGCCGGAUAAUCACAUAGAUGAGCCAGAUGGAAGAAUCGUAGUGGUGCCGGAUAAUCACAUAGAUGAACCACUGUCAGUACACUGGGUGGAGACUGAGGUGGUGAAGCCUGUAAUUAGUAGGGUUGAAGAUAGGGUUAGGAUUGAUUUUUCAGGAGGGAGCUCUGUUGAUGAGAUUAGGGAUCUUAGGAAGAAACUAGAAAGUGAGCUCUCUGAGGUUAGGGAUUUAGUAAACAGACUAGAAACAAGUGAGCUUCAGCUAACUGCUUAUGAUAAUAAUAAUAGUGUGGAUGUUAGUAUUACUGGUAGUGUUGGUGGUGUUGCUGGAGAUUUUGGUGCUUAUGGGCGUCCACAGUAUCCCCUGAGUUGUGUGAUCAAGAAUAGAUCUUUAGUGAGAGUGAAUUCAGAGAUAAGUUCAGUGGGGCAUCAAAAUGUUAGGCCAUUUAGGCCACCAAGUAUUAUAGUCACUGCAAACAAUCAUGGGCUUAGUGAUCUUGUGGAGAAGGAAAAGAGGACACCAAAAGCUAAUCAGUAUUAUGCAAAUUCGGAGUUCCUACUUGGAAAGGAUCGGUUGCCUCCUGAAAGCAAUAAAAAGUUGAAGACCAAUGGUGCUAGGAAGAAGCAUGGUGGUCAGUCAGACCAUGGCUUUGGCUUCAGUUUUGGGUCUUAUAAACAAAAGAAUCAGGCAUUCAGGAACUGCAGUGCCCUGCUUCAGAAGCUGAUGAAGCACAAUUAUGGUUGGGUGUUUAAUAAUCCAGUGGACACUGAUGCUCUUGGGCUACAUGAUUAUCAUGAAGUUAUUAAACAUCCCAUGGAUUUGGGCACAAUUAAGACUAGGCUAUCCCAGAAUUGGUACAAAUCUCCAAGGGAGUUCGCAGAGGAUGUGAGACUUGUGUUUCGUAAUGCCAUGACAUAUAACCCAAAAGGCCAGGAUGUUCACAUUAUGGCAGAACAGAUGUCCAAGAUUUUUGAAGAGAAGUGGGUGGUUAUAGAGGCUGAUUAUAAUCCAAAUUGGAAGCUUCAAGUUUAUCAUGACCCAGAUUUGUCCACUCCCACUUCUAGAAAGGUGGCUACUCCUACCUUUGUCCCUUCACCAGUUCCAGCAUCUGUUCUUACUCCUCAGAUGAGAACUUUUGACAGGUCUGAAUCAAUUGCUAGGUCUGCUGAUGCCAAAACGAAGCCAUCUUUUCCUUGUAGGACACCGGUUCCUAAGAAACCAAAAGCUAAGGAUGCAAACAAGCGGGACAUGACAUAUGAGGAGAAACAGAAACUUAGCACAAACCUUCAGGGUUUACCUUCUGACAGGCUUGAUACUAUUGUUCAGAUCAUCAAGAAGAGGAACACAUCACUUGCACAACAUGAUGAUGAGAUUGAAGUAGAUAUUGAUAGUGUUGAUGCAGAAACACUUUGGGAGCUUGAUAGGUUUGUUACCAACUACAAGAAAAGUCUUAGCAAAAAUAGGAAAAAGGCUGAAAUUAAACAAGCUAGAGCAGCUCAGGCUGCUCUUGCAACGACCCCUUUGCCAGUGGUUACUGAAUCACAGAACGAGAAUAGAAAUGGAGGGACAAAUAAUUGUCCAACUACUUGCCCUGUUCCUCCUGCUCAAGGUGAUAGACAGGUGGAUAAUGCAAUUAGGUCUAGCAGCUCAAGUAGUUCUAGCAGUGACUCUGGAUCAUCUUCAAGUGAUUCUGAUAGUGAUAGCUCCUCUGCGUCUGGAUCAGAUGCUGCCCAUUCUCCUAGGAGUUGAAUGGACUCUUCAAUAUUUGGAAAAGUUAAUCAUUUGAUUGAUUUCCAUUUGGGAUGAAUUCACCCACGCCCCAUGAACGGGUAGAAACUAUGCUGGAUGCAGAGUGAAGUGUCUUAUUUUGAGGCAUGGAAAGCUGUACAGCUCAACUAAGACCUCCUUACCACCAUUGGAUUUGUUGAUCUGUGUUUCAGGUGUUAUUUUGUUAGAAAGGCAGUGGGUGAAAUAUUUAAUUAGGUUGCAGAAAUAGUGAUGCUCCUGAUGAAGGAACGCUCUGUAUGUAAUAUAUUUUUUCUUUUCUUUUGGCUUUACAAUUAGACAGUUAACAAAAUUAUGCAGUUGAAUAGAAAAUUCAGUAUAUGUAAACAAAAGGGUGCAUAUUUUUGUAUGUUUAAUCAUGGUUUGGGGGGAUUGGAAAUUUUGCUGUGGAUUGUGGACCAAA